AAGAAGUAAGGCGUGAACAUCAAUAAACCAUAGAAGAAGAAAUACAAGCAACCGUAAUUGCGCCUUAGCUUGAAAGGAAAAAAAAAUCAAACGCUUCAUAUUUAUUUCAUGCAAUUUACAACAAGCGAGUAUUUUUUUCUAGAGGCUCAUGGAGAAGGUUUUCUGUGUUUUUAAAAGCCUUAAUUCACAAGUUGCUGACUGUUAGCGGAGGAACUGUCAGUCGCUGAGAGGCACCAAACAGACAAAAGCCGCCCACAGCUGACGGCAGUGCUGAAAAGGGCUGCUGUUGUGAGUGAAGAGCUAAUAAAAAUCCCCUUGACAUGACAGGGAUGGCCUCUCCAGAGAAAGCCACGAGCUCAAAGAAGAAGGGCGAAAGAAAAGGUGCCACCAAAGAAGAGUACAGGCAGCUGUCCAGCAUCAUGGGAGUCAUGAACAAUCUGAGGAAGCAGGGGACACUCUGUGAUGUGACCCUGGUGGUCCAGGGAAAACACUUCCCUGCCCAUAGAGUGGUGUUAGCCGCGGCCAGCCACUUCUUCAGUCUCAUGUUCACCACCAGAAUGAUGGAGUCAAUGUCCCCUGAGGUGGAACUCAGGAGUGCGGAACCAGAGAUUAUUGAAUUGUUGAUUGAAUUUAUCUACACGGCACGAAUUUCGGUUAACAGCAGUAAUGUGCAGUCGCUGCUGGAUGCAGCCAACCAGUACCAGAUUGAGCCAGUCAAGAAGAUGUGUAUGGAGUUCCUAAAAGGACAGAUUGAUGCGACAAACUGCCUCGGUAUUUCAGCCCUGGCAGACUGUAUGGAUUGUCCAGAGCUGAAGGCAGCGGCCGAGGACUUUUUCCAGCUCCACUUUACAGAAGUCUACAAACUGGAUGAAUUCCUGCAACUUGAUGUUAGAGAACUGACACAUCUGCUGCACCAGGACAAGCUGACUGUUCGCGCAGAGGCUCAGAUCUAUGACGCUGCAGUGCGAUGGCUGAAGUACGACGUGUGUAACAGGAAACAGUACAUGGUGGAGGUGUUGGGCUGUGUUCGCUUUCCCCUGGUCUCCAAAACCUUUCUUUCGAAGACUGUGCAAGCUGAGCCCCUCAUCCAAGACAACCCACAGUGCCUGAAGAUGGUCAUCAGUGGGAUGCGUUACCAUCUGCUGUCCCUGGAGGACAGAGAGGAUCUGGGAGAAAGCAGCCGGCCACGACGCAAGAAGCACGACUACCGCAUCGCCUUGUUUGGAGGCUCGCAGCCUCAGUCGUGCGGCUACUUCAACCCAAAGGAGUCCAGCUGGACAGACAUCCGCUGCCCCUUCGAAAAGCGGCGGGAUGCCACCGCCGUCUUCUGGGACAACGUGGUCUACAUCCUCGGGGGGUCGCAGCUCUUCCCCAUCAAGCGGAUGGACUGUUACAACGUUCUGAAGGACAGCUGGUACUCCAAGCUCGGCCCACCCACGCCCCGCGACAGCCUGGCUGCCUGCGCGUCCCAGGGCAAGAUCUACACGUCCGGGGGGUCAGAAGUGGGUAGCUCUGCCUUGGCUCUUUUUGAAUGUUACGACACAAGGACUGAGUCGUGGCAGGUCAAAACCAGCAUGCUGAUGGCCCGCUGCAGUCACGGCUCAGUGGAGGCCGACGGCCUCAUUUACGUCUGCGGGGGAACCGUGGGCAACAACGUCUCUGGGAGGAUCCUCAACAACUGUGAGGUGUACGACCCCAGCACACAGCAAUGGAGGGAGCUGUGUGGGAUGAAAGAGGCCAGGAAGAACCACGGGCUGGUGGUGGUCAACAGCAGGAUUUAUGCGGUCGGAGGGCAGGGACCAUUAGGCGGACUGGAUUCAGUGGAAUAUUACGACAUUGCCAGCAACGAGUGGCGUGCCGCCUCUCCAAUGCCAUGGAGGGGCGUGACAGUGAAGUGUGCGGCCGUCGGUGAUGUAAUCUAUGUACUGGCGGGAUUUCAAGGGGUGGGGAGGCUCGGACAUGUCCUAGAGUACCACACUGAAACUGACAGGUGGCUGACGUGCAGCAAAGUGCGAGCCUUUCCCAUCACCAGCUGCCUGAUCUGCGUGGUGGACACAUGCGGGGUCAAUGAAGACGACGACAUGGACCUCAUCGACUCUCAGCAGCAGACUGCUUCCACUGCCGCCUCCUCCACUUCCUCAUCCUCAUAGGAGACCUUCUAUAUGUUUUAAUAUUUACUCCAUUUUAAGUUGUGGUGUUUGUUGAUAGUUGUUACAAAGUGCUGAUUGAUGGGAAGCUUAGUCUUUCUUUUUAGGAAGAGCUUCUCAUGGCUAGACAGCCUAUAGUAAUUCAAAAAUUGAUUUCUAUCAGUUAGCGUAGUUUCUUAACUCUUUAAAGUUGUUGAAAUUAUUUUAUCUUGAGCUUUUUAGCUGCACAAAAGAUCUUUUUUUUUUUUUUCUAAAAAGUGCCAGUGGGAAACUUCUCCUCAUAUUUCUGUUUAAAAGGUGGAGCAAUACGAUUAUUAAAGCAUUCUUUUAUAAUCCUGUGUAUAUUAAUGUAAUGUGCUGUGCCUUUUGAAAAAGAUGUUUUAGCGUUUUAUUUUCAACUAUAUGUAGUUACAAGUAAGGAAAGAAUAGGAAAAAAAGUUGGAAUGUAAACAGCUAGGGGAAUCAUUUUGAUUUGCAUCUUUUCAUAUAGUGAUAUUAUUAACCACUUUAGAAGCACCAUAUUUGUUGGUCUUAAGGCAGUAAAAAUAAAACAAGUUUUCAGAUAUUCCUUGUUGACUGUAGCUGCCACUUAGUACAACUUUCUGGCUGACAGAUGAAUAAUAAAAGCAUUUCUACAUUCUAAUAUUUUGCUGAUAUGACUGAAAGUAAUUGAUAUUGAUGAGAUUAGGUUGAUUAAAAUUGCUUGUAAAAGCUGUUUAGAUGGUCUUCACAUGACUUCGGAUGGCAGCAUGAUUAGGCAUAAAAACUGCACUCAGAUAUAACUGAGGCUGAAAUAGUGCAAUACAUGUAAAGCAUAAACGAUAAAAAAGACGUUCUCUUGUCUAGAAAGUCAGUUGCAGCAUUUCCAGAGCAUCCCAGAUUUGGCCUUUUAAAAGCAUUUCAUUCCUGUUGGUUUUGCCCCCUCUCCUCAGUCGUCGUACUCCUCCUCGCUCAUGAGAAGAGCAAACCUGUUAUUUAUCUCCUCUUCGCCCCUCGCCCCACCCUGAGCUCCUCCUCUACCUCCCCCUCUUCCUCUCCCUCCUCUCCCUCCUCUCGCUCUGCAUCUGCCUCUCCUCUUUCUCCCUGAUGCAGAAGAGAGGGGGUUUGUUUUCAAGCUACAGUCCCUCACAGCAUCCAUUAGGGAGGAGUAAAGUUGUCCAGAUAAGGAUCCUUCAGGCAGAAGGGACUCAGCUGCCCGGCCCCCUUUCAAAUACCGGAGGAGGCCGUGUACCAGUGUGCCACUGAACAACCAGGAGAGAUUUGGCUGAGGCAGUGGCAUUAAAAGUAGCUGAUUGAGACACAGCCCGCUCCAAAGGCAGGACUGCCACUGGCUGAGACUGUGGGCCGCCCCGAUGUCCACGCCUCGCCUCUCCCCGGGCCUCAGCCGUUGUCGAUCCAGCGCCACGCACACUCUAUGCUCCGCUGCCCAGUUUGGCCGUGGGGCUGCUUGUUUGUGUGGUGUCGCCCCGGGCUGGUUGUUGGAGGACAGCUCUCCAUAAACCAUGCCGAGCACCAAGGCCUGCAGCGCGAUGUGGGAGGGUGCUGGGACGGCCUCCCGCAGCCAGAAUCCCGUCACCGACACGGCCAGCUGCAGGUGGCGAGGAGCAGGCGCCAGGGCGGACUCCUUCACCCCCAAGACUUCAAGCAGCACGCCGAGUCGAACCGCCACGGGGGUCUGACUAAGUCCAGCUAGUGGUAUAUGGUUCUUUAGGAGACGCGCCUCCACUUGGUUUUUCUUUAAGUUUAGGUCCAAACGGUCAUACUCCUCAACAAAGAUUUGGGUGCUAAAGCCCUGAACUGCUGCCGCACUGGCCGCUUGCUCCAUGCUUAGCGAUGCGUUUACCCCAUGAUGCGCAGCUACAUUGUGGCGCGGUGCCCCUCUCCCCCCUCUCCCUCUCCCUCUCCCACCUCUGGUUCCCGUCUGUUUUUCCCCUCCUGCUCCUUGUGUACCUUCGUCCCUCCCUGGAGUUGCGCUGUACGUAUCUGUCCGCAGUAAUAACCCAUAAACGGCCUGUCGUAUGGCCCUGGAAGGACAGUGGCUGCUGGCUAGCUUGCUGUUCUCCACCUGCGGGAUGAGAAGGACCCUCCGCAUCACCGAGGCGUCCACAGCCAAGGGAGCCAACAGUCCCUGUGCUGCGGCCAGGGACAGACAGUCCGGCAGCUGCGCCAGACCGGAGGCCUUCCCUCUAAAAGCUGCCGUGCCUUCGGAGAACCAGCGAGCCAACCAGCUUUGACCAUCGAUGCAGUACUCCUGCAUGGCUGCCCACAGCUGGGAGCUAAGCCCACUGCUCUGUCCUCUCCUGCCUCUCCCACCCUCCUCGCACAUGAGCCUGCUCACUUCCUCCAGGGCCUCCGCCACGCUCGAGAAAGACGACAGCCAACCGAGGAGGCCGGCGACCCGAGGAGUAGCCCUGCCCCGACCUCUGCCCCCGCCCCCGUACGUCGUCCCCUCUAUCAGAUCCAGCAGCGUUUCCACCGCCUUAGGAGCGCUGUAGUCAUUCCCGGCCAACACGGCGCACAGGGGCAGCAACUCGCGGUUCAUGCCCCCAAACCAGCGGCACAAACGGCUGGUGGUGUAUCGGCGAGCGGAGAUGUAGCGGUGGGACGCUUUUCCGUUGAGGUUGUUCCAUUGGAAAGAACCGAGAGGCAGAUAACCACCUGGGAGGUCAAAGAUGAAAAAGUCACUGUCAUUUGUCAGCACAGGGCAGUUCCACUGGUGUGCCAAGCAAGCAAUCUCCCAGUCAGCCUCCGCUGGACACUGAACCAGCGGGAUGCCAUUUUGAAUGAGGACCUGGAUGAAGACCUGUCUUGUGAGGAUAGGUAGGACGGAGCCAUUGCGACCACGAGAGAUGCUGUCCGCAUCCUUUAUCUUGGCCUGCAGGCGCUGCUGCAGUGUGGAAAACUUCUUGUUGCUGGGAUCUAUCCCUCCAUCCAGCACCACGUAUGGCUGGAUGUUACAAGCUGCCAAAGAGUUGAGGAAUUGGGAGAGCAGCUGAGCAAAGGCAUCGUAGUCUCCUCCAUGCUGCUGAUCUAACCCGUAGUUAAAGUAAAGGCGGAAAUACAGACUGCAGCCAUCGAUCACCAGGGGGCUGUCCCUGAACUUCACAUCUUGAAGGAAGUCCCUGUUUCCCUCCACAAACGUUGUCAAACCCUGUACCCCCAUGACAUUUCAGAUCCUGCAAAACGCAACAGUCGCGUUGAGUCUCGCGAGGAAAAAGGAGACCGCACAGGCUAGCGACCGCGCUAGCCAGUUUUGUUUUCCCGUUUGAAAUUAAUCUCGCUUCAUUAUGGCUACAAUGUCAGGAGGAACAAACCUCGGGAUACCCGGGACAAGCCAAACCACAUUUGCGCAUCGGAAAAAAGACGGAAGCCCUUCCGCAAAAUUCUGGGAGAGUCCGGAGACUUUAGCACAGCUGGAGGUGGUGCGACAGUGGAUCGGGAAGCACUACAAAAAGUAUGUGUUGGUGGAGUCUCCAUCUUGCCAGGCUCUGGCUGCAGUCACCUUGCAGCUUCUCCAGUUUCAGGAGGAUGCUUUCGGGCGACAAGCUGUCAGCCCUGCACUUACAAAACUGCCCGCACAUUGUUUUAUGGACAUGCGGCAAGGAGGGGGGCUCUGCCACAUUCUUGGCACUGCUUAUAAGUUUAAAGUUGAUCAGGGCUGGCGGAGAUUCGACUUCCAGAAUCCAUCGAGAACGGAGAGGAAUGUGGAGAUGUUUGAUGCGAUUGAAAAAGCUGUAAUCCAGAACAACUGCGUGGCUCUGCCUGUGGUUUAUCUGGAUCCUGCGGUGGAUCAGGAACUGGCCAGCAGACUGACUGGUGUUAUCGUCAAACACCAGGGUUCCAUCACUGAGGACAGAUCUAUCGCCAGUCAUCAUGUUUACAGCUCUCCUGUUUCUACGGAGGAUGAUGAGUGGAUGCGUCCUGUUAUGCGAAAAGACAAGCAUGUCCUGGUACACUGGGGCAUGCACCCUGACAGUUAUGACAGCUGGCUGUCCACAAGUGACAUUGAAGGGGAGGUUGAGGAGCUUCCACACAUUGAAAGGCCAUGGCGGGUACAUGCUGGUUGGGUGCUGGACACAGAUGUCUUCAAUGAGUGGAUGAAUGAGGAGGACUAUUGUGUCAAUGAGAGGAAUUUACCCAUCACCCUCCGUCGGCACAUUCAUCUCCAGGAUGACCAGGAUUCCAAGUCCAAUCCCUCAAAAAAGAGAAGACACUCGCCUUCAUCUCCCUCGUCCGAGUCCCGAAAGAAAGGAAAGAAGGGGAGAAGGCGCGGGCAACAAGAGGAGGAACCAGAAGAAGACCUGACCAAAGACAUGGAGGACCCUACACCUGUGCCUAACAUGGAGGAGGUCGUACUACCCAAAAAUGUGAACCUGAAGAAAGACAGCGAGAAUACUCCGGUGAAAGGAGGGAUCAUGGCUGACCUGGAUGAACAGGAAGAUGAUUUUCCAGGAAGGGAAGAUGAGGAGGGAAGAGCAGAAAUCCCUCGCCUGUCGGAGGGAGAGGAAAACCUCACCGAGCAAACGCAUCAUAUUAUAAUACCAAGCUACACGUCUUGGUUCAAUUACAACAGCAUUCACUCAAUAGAGAAACGCGCACUGCCUGAAUUCUUCAAUGGAAAGAACAAAUCAAAAACUCCUGAAAUCUACCUGGCAUAUCGUAACUUCAUGAUUGACACGUAUCGGCUCAACCCCCAGGAAUACCUGAGCUCAACGUCUUGUAGGCGCAACCUGACCGGAGACGUCUGCGCCCUCAUCAGGGUCCAUGCCUUGUUGGAGCAGUGGGGUUUGAUCAACUACCAAGUGGACGCAGAGAGCAGGCCUCUCCCUAUGGGACCCCCUCCCACCCCUCAUUUCAACGUACUGGCCGACACACCGUCCGGCCUGGCCCCCUUACAGCACAAACCCCUACAGGUGUCGGCCUCCCAGCACAUGCUUUAUUUUCCAGAGAAGAGCAGAGAGAAACCAUCCGACUGCCAGAACUUUGGCCUGCGCACUGAUGUCUACACCAGAAAGCACCCCAAGACUAAGGGAGCGAAUGCAGGAAGAGAAUGGACCGAACAGGAGACACUGCUGUUAUUGGAGGCUUUGGAGGUCUACAGGGACGACUGGAACAAAGUGUCGGAGCACGUGGGCUCCAGAACGCAGGAUGAAUGCAUCCUCCACUUCCUUCGUCUGCCAAUAGAAGACCCUUACCUGGAGGACUCGUCUGCCUCUCUUGGUCCACUUGCCUUUCAACCUGUGCCUUUUAGCCAAUCGGAGAACCCCGUUAUGAGCACUGUGGCCUUCCUGGCAUCUGUAGUGGAUCCUCGCGUGGCGUCGGCUGCAGCUAAGGCAGCUUUAGAGGAGUUCUCCAAAGUACAGGAGGAGUCGGUGGACAAAGCCUGUGAAGCAUCCAACCAGCUCGAAAAAACAGGCAAGACGGAAUUUAGGAAAAGAAAAAAAACACUUGAAAUGUUUCUUGACCCUUUGCGGAUGGACGGGGUCAAGAUGGAACCUGACGUUUCAAAAGGGGAGGCGGAUCGAGUAAAAAGAGAACACAUGGAAAAUUUACUCUCCGAGGAGGGAGACGGAAGGGUAGACGACGAGGAGAGCCUAAGCCGGAAGGAGGGAGAAGUGGAUGACGGGAGAGUGAUGGAGCUGGACCUGGUGGAGGGCAGUGUCGUCACGGCAGCAGCUGCUGCUCUUUCCUCAGCCGCGACAAAAGCAAAGCAUUUGGCCGCGGUGGAAGAGAGGAAGAUCAAGUCCCUGGUGGCCCUGCUGGUGGAGACACAAAUGAAGAAGUUGGAAAUAAAACUGAGACACUUCGAAGAGCUGGAGACCAUCAUGGACCGCGAGAAAGAGGCCUUGGAGCAGCAGCGGCAGCAGCUCCUGACCGAGAGGCAGACUUUCCACAGCGAGCAGCUGAAGCAGGCCGAGCUGAAAGUCCGCCAGCAGAGGGAGCAGCAGGGCCAGCCGGGCUACCCGGUGCAGCACUCAGGCCAGCCCAUACCCAACCGGAUGAUUCCUGUCGGAGGAAACGCCCAGACGAUGGCCCCUCGACACCCCGGGGCUCCCAACGGCAUGUAUCCAGCUGCACAGCCUGAUGGGAUAGCCCCCGCUCAGGCCGGCCCUCCAUCUUCCAGCCACAACUGA